CCCUGGAAAUGGUGCCGUUUUCUGGUACGGACCUCUCCGUACGUACAGUACGUGGAGACCAUGUUGAGGUAACGAGUCACCGCCAUAGGAGGUAUUUGAGUUUACAGGCCUUAAGCAUUAAGUAGGCAUUGAUGGAGAAUGGAGCCAGGUUUUGCUGGGGCCUUUGAGAGGCUAAAAAAGUCAGAAUUUUAUGAAUCUCAACCUCAAAUUUCGACCGAAAACAAUGAGCAAAUUAUCAGUAAACAGAUCAUUUCUUAUAAAGCAGGUUCAGUUGUAGUAAACCAAAGACAGAGAGGGAAUCCUGUUUUAAAAUCAAUCAGAAAUGUUCCAUGGGAAUAUGGGGAAAUUGUCCCAGAUUUUGUCAUGGGUCAUACUAGCUGUGCAUUAUUCUUAAGCUUGCAGUAUCACAAUCUGAACCCACAGUAUAUCCAUGAUCGACUCAAAGACCUUGGAAAGCAGUACGAACUAAGGAUACUUCUAGUACAAGUUGAUUUAAAGGAUCCAUAUAUUCCUAUAAAAGAAUUGACAAAAAUUUGUUUGUUAGCAGAUUUAACCCUUCUUCUUGCAUGGGAUGCUCAAGAAGCUGGAAAAAUAAUUGAGACCUACAAAGUGUUUGAGCACAAACCUCCUGAUUUGAUAAUGGGGAAACAAGAGAAUAAUAAUGUGCUAGUUGGGAUUGCAGAUGCAUUAACUUCAAUCAAGUCGGUUAAUCGCACUGAUGCAAUGACGUUAAUGUCUAAUUUUCAAACACUUCAGAAUAUUUAUGAAGCAAGUGAAGAAGACCUAAGUUUGAAUCCUGGCUUUGGACCUCAGAAAGCCAGACGAUUGUUUCGAGUGCUUCAUGAUAAAUUUGUUAGGUAGUCAAACGUUAUUCGUCUGGUAUAUAAGUAAUAAAUAGUUGUCCUUUA